UUCCCUUUGGUAUCCAAGUGACAACCCAGGUGUUGGAGGGGGGGCGAAUUUCCCACGCACACACACACACAAAAAGAGGUCGUUUCUACGCUCCAUCUCCAUUUCCAUCGCUGGCCUCGUUUCUUUCAACUUUUGCACAUUUGCUCUUUUGAACGGGUUCGUUCACUUUGCACCUUUCUCGGAGUCUGUCGUUCUAGCACCUUGUUUUUUUUUCGUUCUUUGGCAUCUCGACAUACAAUGGAGGCACUUCUCUCCAACGUUUCCAGGGCGUGCCCCUUCCUUGCUCGCACUCCGGUCCCAGCUUUGAGGAAACUCUCUACCGUCCCUGUGCGCACGACAUCGGGUAAACCCACGACUGCCUUGUUUGCCACCGCGCAACAAUGCCCCGUAAUGUCCAAAGCUAUCGCCGUUCAGUCCAAAAAGAAUGGCGCAAGGUCGAUGCAUUCGUCGUCUGUCUGCCCUUAUGCUGCUGUCGUCGAUGGCAUCUCGGCUGUCCCUCCCCGUGCUCAGCCCCCGACGUUCCUUAACCCUCAGUCCGCUUCCGCGGCUCCUCGGUGCCCUGUUCAGCACAAGCAGGCUCGAACUGAGAAACACGCUCCGGUGCAAGGUGCCACCAAGCCUUUUGACUAUGAGUCCUUUUAUCAGCAUGAAUUGGACAAGAAGCACAAGGACAAGAGCUACCGUUACUUUAACAACAUUAACCGUUUGGCUCAGCUUUUCCCUACUGCUCAUACGGGUACCGGCGAACACGUUACCGUUUGGUGCUCGAAUGAUUAUCUUGGUAUGAGCAAACACCCGGUGGUAGUGGACAGUAUGAAAGCUACAUUGGACAAGUACGGUGCUGGUGCCGGAGGUACCAGGAACAUUGCCGGAAAUGCCCAACUUCACUUGAGCUUGGAGCAAGAGUUGGCAUCCCUUCACAGAAAGCCAGCUGCUCUUGUAUUCUCCUCUUGUUUCGUUGCCAAUGACGCUACGCUGUCCACAUUGGCGGGCAAGAUGCCUGGCUGUGUAAUCUUUUCCGACUCGUCGAACCACGCAUCAAUGAUUCAAGGUAUUCGCCACUCUGGCGCUCAAAAGAAGAUUUUCCGUCACAACGAUGUAGCCCACUUGGAGUCGCUACUCCAGCAGGUUGACAUCAAUGCACCCAAGAUUAUUGCUUUUGAAUCAGUCUAUUCCAUGUGCGGUUCGAUUGGACCCAUCAAAGAGAUUAUUGCUCUUGCCAAAAAAUACAAUGCCAUCACUUUCCUCGAUGAGGUUCACGCUGUGGGUAUGUACGGCGCCACCGGCGGAGGUGUUGCAGAAUAUAUCGAUGCCAUGGAUGACAUCGACAUUAUCACUGGAACCCUUGGCAAAGCUUACGGCGUUGUUGGCGGGUAUAUCGCUGGUUCAUCACCCCUGGUUGACAUGAUUCGUAGUUACGCACCUGGCUUCAUCUUCACUACCUCCCUCCCCCCUGCCAUUGUUUCUGGUGCUCUCACCUCUAUUCGGUACCUCAAAGAAUCCCAAAAGGAGCGUAUUGGCCAGCAGCUCAAUACCCGUGCCUUGAAAUCUCGUCUUGGAGAGAUUGGCAUUCCCGUGGUCCCGAACCCGAGUCACAUUGUCCCAGUGUUGGUGGGUGAUGCCGAGACUGCAAAGUCAGUGUCAGACGAGCUGUUGUACAAGUACAAGAUUUACGUGCAGUCCAUCAAUUAUCCCACCGUGUCUGUUGGUGAGGAGAGGCUGCGGAUUACCCCGACUCCAGGUCACCACCCGGAACUGAUGGAUGUGCUCGUGGAUGCUCUGGACACGAUCUGGCACGAACGCGGUUUGAAAAUGGAAAAGGAUUGGGAAGCUGUCGGUGGACGGGCUGGAGUCGGCAAUGGUUGCAAGGUUGAACAGCUUGUUGUCGAUCAGGACUUGGGAUUGGUGGAGCCGCAGAGGCUGGCGGCGGUUGCCUGAACACCGCAUUCAUCAUGUUACGCAUGUAGUCCAUUUUUUCACCGCUGCAGAAUCUCUGCAAGCAAAAAAUAGGGAAUGGUUCAAAACUCGUUGUACAAAAGUUAGUUUUCGCAAUUUUGAAUUUUUUUCUGUAUUCCUUCCAUUGCCACUGUUUGUCAGAAAAAAGAAUCGUUCAAAGCAGUUCACGAAUACAUCACUUC